AUGGUACAACGCAAGCCGCUCACUGGUUUCACCACUCCCCUUGGCUCGGGGGCGGGGAUGCCGAUCGACAAGCGACCGCCGAAAGUGACCGACGCCGCCCAGCGUCUUUCUAAGCCGUUUAGAGUGCCUCUUAGCGAUAAGACGCGUCUGAACACCACCACGCGUCGGGGGACCAAACGGGUCAACUACGCCGAAAUCGGAGAAAACGGGGCUAUAGGCGGCGACCAGGACGAAGAAGAGGUCCGUCGUGGUCUGCGUUUGGGGCUUGUGGCCCGUCCACAGCUGACAGACCCGCUACCACUCACGCGCAAGUUCAAAGUGCCGCUAAAAAACGCCGAUCAGGGAGUCGCCUACCAACCACCACCACCGUUGGGUACACGAAAAGCUAUAGCUGUUGCUCCCCGACCAUUACAUGACCCGACACAGGAGUUCGCCAUCGUGUUAUAUGACCCUACCGUGGAUGAGAACCCCGACGCGCCUAGUCGAAGCCCUACCCCGACUCCCCCUACACCUGAAUCACCAAAAGACCAUGAAGAACCACCCGCUAAACGGCCUAAGAAACAGCAUAAGUCACUCGCCGAAAUGCUUGGUAUAGUGAAGAUGCUGCCGGAAGAACAAGCAGCGAAGUUCCCCGAUGUACCCGUGGUCAUCGACCCAAAGCUCGCCAAGAUUUUACGGCCUCACCAAGUCGCUGGGGUCAAGUUCUUAUACCGGUGCACCACUGGUCUCAUUGACCGUAACGCUCGUGGGUGCAUCAUGGCUGACGAAAUGGGGCUCGGUAAGACGCUCCAGUGCAUUACUCUCAUGUGGACGUUGUUGAAGCAGAGUCCUCGUGGCCGCAGAACCAUCGACAAGUGUAUCAUCGUGUGCCCGUCGUCUUUGGUGCGUAACUGGGCCAAUGAGAUCGUUAAGUGGUUAGGUGAAGGGGUCCUCACUCCGUUCGCCGUUGACGGUGGUUCCGGUAAUAAGGACUUGGAAGGUCAGCUUGUGCAAUGGGCCACGGCUCACGGGCGUAACAUUGUCCGUCCCGUAUUGAUCGUCAGUUAUGAAACCCUUCGACGUAACGUCGACAAGUUGGCGGGUACAGAGGUGGGGUUGAUGUUGGCUGACGAAGGUCACCGAUUGAAGAACGGUGACUCGCUCACAUUCACAGCGUUAAACUCGCUCAAGUGUCUGCGGCGGGUCAUCUUGCUGGGUACCCCCAUCCAGAACGAUUUGCUGGAGUACUUCUCGUUGUUGAAUUUCGCCAACCCUGGCUACUUAGGUACUCGUCAAGAGUUCCGCAAGAAUUUCGAAAACACCAUUUUGCGGGGUCGUGACGGGUUGGCCACCGAUGAAGAAAAGGCUAAGGGUGACGCUAAGUUGGCUGAGUUGUUGGGUAUGGUGAACAAAUUUAUCAUCCGUCGUACUAACGACAUUUUGAGCAAGUACUUGCCCAUCAAGUACGAGUAUGUCGUGUUCAUUGACCAAGCACCGAUGCAAAAGCGCUUAUACCAACACUUCGUCACCCUGCCUUCGGUGAAGAAGCUUUUAAAGGGGACGGGGUCGCAGCCGCUUAAGGUGAUUGGUAUGCUCAAGAAGCUUGUUACCCACCCUGACCUUUUGAGACUUCCGGAAGAUAUCGAUGGCUGUGAGGAUAUUCUCGAUGAGAACUACGUCAAUCAGCCGAAGCGAGACGUGGGGAUGAAUUCUAUUUACAGUGGUAAGUUCCACGUGCUUGAGCGGUUCCUCUGGACGAUGAAGACCGAGACUACUGACCGAGUGGUGAUCAUCUCCAACUAUACCCAAACCCUCGACGUCAUCCAGAAGUUGUGUCGGGAACGCCUGUACCGAGUCCACCGCUUGGAUGGUACCCUCGGUCUCAACAAGCGGCAGAAGAUCGUUGACGCCUUCAACGACCCUGAUGCCGACUCGUUCGUGUUCUUAUUGUCGUCAAAGGCCGGUGGGUGCGGUAUCAAUUUGAUUGGUGCCAACCGGCUCAUUUUGAUGGACCCUGACUGGAACCCUGCUCUGGAUCAACAAGCGUUAGCGAGAGUGUGGCGUGACGGGCAGAAGAAGGACUGCUUCAUCUACCGGUUCAUCGGUACCGGGUCCAUCGAGGAGAAGAUUUUCCAGAGACAGCUGAUGAAGAUGCUGCUUUCGUCGUGUGUUGUCGACGAAAAGGAGAACGUGGAACGGUUGUUCCUGGGUGAGAAUUUGCGGGAGUUAUUUAAGUACAACGACACCACCGUGUGCGAUACUCAUGACACUUACAAAUGCACACGGUGCACGGGUGACGGCCAACAAACCAAGGCGCCGGCAAUGUUAUACGGGGACCAGACGACGUGGAACCACUUCCGCAACGCUGAGUUGGUUGACAACGAAGACUUGCUCAUGCGUAACGAACUGCAACACGACGACGUCACGUUUGCCUUCCAGUAUAUCAGUCACCUUUCAUAG